AUGUUAUCCCGUCAGCUCAUGCUGCCGCGCCUCGCAGUUAGGGCAAUCCACACUUCGUCAAGUCUGACAUCGGGACAUCACAUCGAGCACUGGUGGGGACCAGAGAAGGCCGUCGGCCGUGAGUUGGUCGGAUUCGGAUCUAACGGAGAUAACGUGAGUUUUUAUUACAAUUUAUGUUCAUUGCUUCUACAAAAAUAUGUUUGCAACAAUAUUGAGGAUUUUUUCGUAGAGAAAAUAAUAUUAGAGAGAGAGAAGUAUGCGUUUUCAGAUCUACCAAGACAGAUUGGAUUACUGGUACCCUGCCAUCCGAUUCCGCAAGGAGGACGGCGUCAUCAGCCCACUUCGUCAAAAAGAGCAAAGCGACUGGAAAAAGCUGACGCCUGAAGAGAAGAAAAUUCGUGAGCCAAUUUUCCGGAUACCUCUGAUCAUGUUUUUCUUUUAGUCUACAGAUACAGCUUCCGCCAAACGCUUUCCGAGUAUGAAGCUCCUACUGGCUACUGGAAGGUAUUUCUUGCCUUUUUUUUUCUUUUCCAUAUAGCCUUGUAAGUUCUGACUUCUUGAUUCUUCUUGUUUUCUGCUAUAAUUAAAUAGAACUUCGUUAUUUUUCUUCUCUAUUUUGAACCUCUUUAUUAUUUUUUCAAAUAUCGAGCUUGAGACAGAAAAAAUGUGAAUAUGUGAUUUUUUUUUAAAGUUGUUGCAAAAUCAGAGGUCUUGAUCUCUUAGUUUUAGUGUUGCAUGUUUAACAAGUUUAUUGGUUUAAAAAAAGAGGAGAGUUUAAUUUUAUUUUUUUCGAAAGUUUACAAUCAUAAAGUUCCCUAGUCGAUUAGUUUUGCAAAUUGAAACGAAAACUUUGGAAAAAGGAAGAUGAUGGUUAUGCACUCUAGAAUUUUCGGAAUUUCUUGAUCUAUUAGCCGAAAGUCACAACCUACAAAGCUUCUUUAGUUUAUAGAACACGCCAAAAAGGUUCCAAUUGAAGCAUCCUGUCGGUUUGAUUUUUUUUUAACUUUUUAGGUUUGUGAAAACACUUUUUUUUCUCAAAACUAGGAGGGUGUAAACUUUAGAAGUUUCAAGAUGACCAGUGAGAAAUGAGCGGUGCUGUUGGGCAACCCAUUUUUUCAUCAACCCAACCCAUUUUUAAAGCCGCCGACCACUCCUCCCAAGUUUUUCUAAAUUAAAAAUAAUACUACCUUCUGGUGGCUGAAAAUUGUUUUUUUUUUGUGACCAAAACUAUCUCCCUGAGGCUCAAACUUGAUUUUUUUUUCCUGUUUAUCCAAAAUUUUUGUGAGCCAACCUCUCCUCCCGGCCUGGAUGAAUUCUGUACUCGCCCAUAUGAGUUGGAGUUUAAUUCACCAUAAAACCUGAUCGAAAUUUGAUAGAUUGAAGAGUUGUUUUUGAAUUGAAAGUUUGAUCUGUCACCAACUUUCUUUGAGGAUUAUUAAAAAAAAUUUUUAAUUCCUAGCUUGGAAAGAAACUAUGAAUCAAAAAACUCAAGGCUCAUUUCUGACCGUCGAACCUAAUAUUUCAGGAAAUUUUUUUUUUGUAUAUUUACGUAAAUUUCUACAAGUUAAAAAAUCUUUCCAUAAAAAUUUCUGUAGUUAAAAAAGCUUUAAAGACAAUAAAGGUUUUUUUAUGUAAUUUCCAAAUACAGAGUAAACCUUUAUCGAUUAAAAUUAAAACGUUUGAAUUCAGGUUAUGACGGCCGUCGUUCUAUCAGUCAUGGCUUUUGCCACUUAUUACGCUGUCUUCCUUAACGCCUAUGGUUCGUUCUCAUUUUUUUUUUUUCUGACGAUACAUUUUCACUUUUCAGUUUACCCUGAGCUUCCGCCAACCUUCCAGAACGAGUACAAGGAGGCUCAAGUUGAACGCGCUCUUGUCCUCGAAAAGGUCCGUUUAUAAUUUCAAAUCGAAGGUAUAGAAUAAAAUUGCAGGGUAACUUCCUCGGAGCGCCGACGAAGUACGAUUAUGAGAACAAGAAGUGGAAAUAA